CACUACUGGCAACGCACGUGUAUAAAUAUUAAAGUUAUUGGAUUGCUGUUUUUUCACACAAAAUGGAUGUUGUUAAAGCAGUUUUAGAAAAACACCAAAAGGAAUUGGAUAAAUACAAGCCAAUUACAGUAGAAAAACAUCUUGAAUGCCGCAUAGAUGUAGGCACCCUACUCAUCACAGAUCCCAAUGAUUUUGACGACCGGCAGCUCGCCAACAAUAAGGAGGAGUAUUUGGCUGCUCUGACCCGUGAAAAUACACAACUGCUGGUCAAUGCUAUUUGGGAACUGCCAACCGAACGUGUGGACGAAAGUAUUGUGGCCAAGUUGCCCGAGCCAACAACUGUGCUGCCGCGUCUACGCAAACCGCCAGGUCCACGUCCCUUGACGAAAUGGGAGAAGUUCGCCAAGGAAAAGGGCAUCACAAAGAAAAAGAAGGACAAGAAAACCUACGAUGAUGUCCUGGAUAAAUGGGUACCUACGUAUGGCUUCAAACGAGCCGAGGCUGAGAAAGAUAAGGACUGGGUGCUGGAGGUGCCCCAGAAUGCGGAUCCCAACACAGACAUGUUCCAAAAGAAGAUGGACUUGCGCAACGAGAAGGUUGCCAAGAACGAGAUUCAGCGUAUGCGGAACAUUGUGCGGGCCAAAAAGAUUGACAUGCCACGCAGCGGCUAUCUGGGCCCAGAGGCCGCAUCUUCCAACCAGCUGCUUACUGCCGUGACGGUAGCCAAAUCUUCAACUGCAUCGGUGGGCAAAUUCCAAAGCAAAUUGCCUAAAGAGAAGGAGGCACGUGGUCUGGGUGUUAAGGAACUGAUACCAGGCGGCAAACGCAAAGCAUCGCAUAUCACAGCACAGCCUGAGAGAGAGGCCAAUUUGGAUCUUAUCAAGAGUGUUCUUAGUAAAAAGCCCAAAAUAGAUGUGGAUAAGGCGAUAUCGCUGCAAAAACAAGACGAGCGGAUAGAACGCGAGGCUGAAGGCGCCAACAGACCUGCGAAAAAGGGUGGCAAGAAGGGCAAAGGCAGUCGCAAGGCAGUAGGCAAGAAGCCUAAGGGUCAUCAAGGUCAGCGUGCACCGGGCAAAAAGGGCCAGACCGGUCGCAAGCGUCGCUAAACCGAAAAAAAAGCGGCUGCAUUAACUAGGACU